GGAGGGAAAGAAGAACCGUGUAGAUUUUUUAUUAUAACACUUUAGGUAUGAACGCAGAUACGUGCGUCUCAUACUGCGAAAUGACAUCGAUGGAUUCAUAUUAUAGCCCGUCUAACGCGCAAGGCAGAGACCACCAGGCGAACCCGUUCAGGACUUUCCAGACCGCUGAAACCAAAUACAGCCCCACGUUCAUUCCGGGUAAAGGGCAGGCUUACGGAGAGAAGUCCAGGAGCCCUUUCCAGCCGGAGUGCCAGUCAUUGGAUGGCGCUGAGGAGGGAGCUUUCAACAAAUACCAGCUCUUCAUGCAGCGGCCGACGUGCGUAACUCCACCAGAAGGGAGCAAGCUGCGUCCGGACAGCGAACACAACGGGACGCUCAUUCCCUGCUAUGGCAAAGACAACAGCGGCCUGACAGAGUCCGAGUUGCCCCCCAGUGUUGACCCUCCUGGGAUGGAAGGCAGCUACCUGAACCUAAAGGAGCCUGACGUGAAGGGCCCAAGCGAGCGACCAGGCUCGGACCUUUCCAGCCCUCUGGACAAAAGCGAAGCUGAGAGCAACAAAGGCAAGAAGAGACGCAAUCGCACCACUUUCACCAGCUACCAGCUUGAGGAGUUGGAGAAAGUUUUCCAGAAGACGCACUACCCAGAUGUUUAUGCCCGUGAGCAGCUGGCACUGAGGACAGACCUGACAGAGGCUCGUGUGCAGGUGUGGUUCCAGAAUCGCAGAGCCAAGUGGAGAAAGAGGGAGCGUUUUGGUCAGAUGCAACAAGUCCGAACACACUUCUCUACUGCUUAUGAGCUGCCUCUACUGGCUCGACCUGAGAACUACGCACAGAUCCAGAACCCUUCAUGGAUUGGGAGCAGCAGUGGAGCAUCUCCAGUGCCUGGCUGUGUCGUACCGUGUGACUCUGUCCCCUCCUGCAUGCCCCCACACCCUCACGGUCCUGGGGGCGUUUCUGACUUCCUGACCAUGCCCAGUCCAGGCAGCAGCCACAUGGGACAGACACAUAUGGGCAGUCUUUUUGGGGGACCUGGGAUGGGUGGGGGAAUCAAUGGCUAUGAUCUCAAUGUUGAUCCAGACCGCAAGUCCUCCAGCAUAGCUGCACUUCGUAUGAAGGCCAAGGAACACAGUGCAGCCAUCUCUUGGGCUACAUGAUGUCCCAGCCCAGUUUCACCCUGCCCCCACAUGGCUCCCUUCUUUGGUGCAGCCAUCAACGAGCGUUGUGGAUGAGGAGGGAGUUUUCCUGAGAGCACUAAUGAUAACACAGGUCAACCGAACACAGGGAGAGACCGCAAAGAUAACAGAGCCCAUUGCAGCAACCACCACAACCAAGAUAACAGCUGUGACUAAGACAGUCAGCAGAAGCCGAAAGUGAGAGAAAUACAAAGGUAACAUCACAGAAGAUGAUGUUACUUAGACGUUGUGUUUAUUCUUGAUUUCUUGAUCUCUCAGGUCUCAUUAACAUAUGGGGUUUAGGCUUGACAAACUAUCAUUCACAUUCAAGAUGGGUUUCAGUAAAAUAAGCAAUAUAAAUAUGGCUUACAAACCAAUUUUAGAGAAAACAAAAAAUUUUGUGCCAAAUCCAGCCAUAUCAUGCAGUAUUUUAAUUUACAGUGUUAAGUUGAUUCACACUAUUUACUGUCUUUUCCGCCUUAUUUUUUUAUACAACCUAUAAUGGCCUGCUCACACUCCUAUGUCACUUCAGACUCAUCUCUCAUAGUUUAUGAAAAAGUACAUUUCUGAAUAUUCAGUAUUUAUAUUUUAAAAGUCUUUUUCAAAAAGCAAGGCUGCUCGAUGAGAUCUAGCACAGAUGAAUGUGCUGAGAGUUUCUCCUCUGUCACUUUUCAUUGCAUACUGUUCAUUAAAGCAAACAAUAAUUAGUUAUAAAAGAAGCAAUUCUGUCUUAGCCUGUGGUGGGUAGUAAUGCCACUGCAAAGGACAUAGGUUGAAUGCAAUAAGUGAACCAAGUCUAACUGAGCGAGAACAGACAUGGCCUGUGCCAAUUUAGUUUGGGAGGAGGCAGCCACUGGAUUGGCAGCAAUUUCAAACCAACGUGUCAUUUCCUCCCCUGGGGCUGCCUCCACAGGUUCCCCUAUAGUCUCAGGCCUCAGGUUACAGGAAGCAGUGUCUCCACUGGCAGACAAGGAACAGCAAUGCACAGCAGCAGCCUUCAACACCAACUAACCAUGCCGUCUUCAAUCAGCAGCCGGGAGGAAUUGACACACUGAAUUAGCUUCCAAGUGUGCUGUCCUACCCUGCAAACACUGCAGUACAUCGCAGCGUACAUUGUAAGGACAUACUAUGCACAGGCUGUAUUAAUCAACACAUCAUUAGACGUGGGCUCAGCAAAGAUAACUCCUGGAUUCAUAAUUUACUCACAUAACCUGUCACAUGCCUGACAAUGCAAGCCAAAAGUGAUGACAUCAGAGCCGAACUUCAGGAAUGUAGCUGAGCAUGUCCAGUGAUUGCAGGGGUGUCUCUGCAUGUUACCCUGCUGGAAUAAGUUUGUUACCAGAGCUGGGCUGCAGGCUGCAGCAAGAGACAGGCUUCAUUAGUCUUUUGGCUGAUCUCCGUAUGACGCCCGCUGGGCUACAUAUCCGUUUUCCUCCCCUUGUGUGGAUAACGGCAGGAAAGUCUGGUUCUGCUCCUCACAGCUCUACUGCUGUAACUACCUAAUUAUUUUCAGUAUCAAUUCGUCAUUGGGUCUAUAAAAUAACUGAAUUUUAAAGGAAAAUAAUCUCUCAGUGACAAUCUCCUAAAAACCAAUGUGAUGUCUUCAAAUGUUUUGUUUCCUAAAACCCAAAGAUAUUCACUUCACUAUUACCUAAGAUAAAGAAAUUUAGUUAGAGUAGUUUUUUUUGCAUGACAUGUGUGACUGAUUUCCUACUUUGUCGACUGUGUGUUCAACUUCUCGCUGGCGCUCCCUCGAUGCUCCCCUUCUCCGCAGCUCCAUCCGUGUGGAUACUACUGAAAUAAAGCAAUUGAAAUCCUUAGUUAUCUUGUUUUGUGUGAAUGUGAACAACAUAAAUAAUAUUGCUCUUUUGCUGGUAUAUUUGUUUUGCUUAUUUGUCAAAUAAUGGAUCUCCAGAGAUAAACUAAUGAAGUGUAACAGUAAUAUUGCCAUGAAGUGUAAGCUUAUGUUCUGUGUUGUUCUAUAAAAGUUGCUCUGGUUGAAAUUGCUUUCUAAUUUUCUUAUGGCUUCAAGCAGCAUUUUUUUUAUAUUAAUCAAGUAUUUCUACUUCUGAUUGUGACUUUAUAUAAUGUACCAUUGCAAUAAGUUAUUGCACUCACAGUGUUGGAGAAGAUGCUUUUAUUUUUGACUUCCACUGGGACAGCAGUAUGUUUGCUAAAGCCAGAGGUGUGUGGUUUUCUGUCCCAACAGUCUCCUAAGCCAUCCAUAUUUACAGGUACCACCCUGAACAGCAUCACUGAGAUCUGUUUAAGGCGCUGGACAUUUGUUUAUACAGACGUAACUUGG